AUGUCGAGAACGAGGCCUCUACCGAGUACUGUUCAGUUUAAUCAAUUGCUCUCGCGUGUGGUCAAUCUGAAAGAGUACUCUGCUGCUAUUAACCUUUUCAAAGACAUCUGCAGUUUAGGGGUUUCAGUUGAUGAAUACACUAUGAAUAUUGCUAUCAACGGCCUUUGCCUUUCGGGCCUGUUUCGAGAGAAGAGGAUUAACGAAUCACAAGAGUUGUUAAGGAAGAUGGUUGGAGAAGGGCUUUCUGAGCUAAACAUUGUAACUUGUGGUAUUGUGGUCGACGGGCUUUGCAAGGAUAGAAUGAUAGACUCAGCCUUGGCGCUUUUGAAGGAAAUGCCCGAGAAGGACAUCCUGCCCAAUGUCGUCACUUACAGUUCUUUGAUCAGUGGUUUGUGUAAUUUCAGGCGUUGGGAGGAUGUAAAAGCUGAUGAAGGAGAUGGUGUUGUUCCAGAUAUAUCCGAAUGCGGUCACGUUCACCAUCUUUAUUGA